AUGACGCACGAAGAAAACUUUAAUCAAGAUUCGGAUCUCGUCAAAAUCAAUGAUUCAAGUCAAAAUUACCCAAUUAUUAUCUAUGCUCGUCAACUCAAUCAAUACUAUCAUACACUACUCGGUAAUCCAUUUCAACGAUUAAACUACUAUGAUUCAUCCACAGGACAAUAUUGUUUUUGUCGAACGCCUGGCAUUAUUAAUUAUAUAAUUACAUAUUAUCUACAACAGGGUUGUCUAUUAACAGAAGUACAUUAUCCACCGGAAAUUCUUUAUGACGAACUUGUAUUUUUCGGUUUUAAUAUACAAAUUAUUUAUGAUAUUGUAUCGAAUUGUAUUACUAUUAAUUAUUAUAUUCCAUCGGGUAAAUAUCGUCGAGCAUUUUGGUUUACAUUCGAUUCUGAUAUUUCAAAAUAUAAAUUCUAUCUAACUCGAACUAUCACUUCUCUUAUUACAAUAUGUUCGGUGAUAACAUCUUUAACCUUUCUCGAAAUUGCCAAUAAUUUAUUUACUCAUCAUGAUCAGCAAAGAAAGUUUCUUAUUAAAAAGGCAUUAGUCAUCGAAAUAUUGAUUUUAACAUUCUUUUAUUUUGAACUAACAAUACGUUAUUUUAUUCGACCGAAAAUUCAACAAACAACAGUUGUUCUAAUGUUAAUUAAUUUCGUCUCGUUACUUCCUAUUGCAUUGUUUCUCUUUAUUUGGCCAAUACCAUCUGCAUGGCUAUAUAAUUUACUUGUUCUUCAAUUGGCUGCUCGUAUUGUUCGUAGUGUUCGUCUAUCGUCAUAUGCUUAUCAAAUAACGCAUGCUUUAACCGAACAAUUAUCAAUUUACGUAGAGUCAUUUCAAUCCAUAGCAUUGAUAAAUCUUUUUUUUGCUUUACUCAUUCUUGCAUUUGAACAAAUGUCUUCUGUUUCAAAUAGAACAAAUGAUUUUCGAUCAUUAAGUGAAAUCAUAUGGAUUUCAUUCAAUGCAUUUACAGCACUAGGCGAAGGUACAAAUCGGCCACUGACAUCAGCUGGUUUAAUUAUUGAAUUUUUAACUUGUUUUAUUGGUGUUUUAACAAUUCCGCAAUUCGCUCAAAUUGUUUACACAAUCGUAUCGAAUACAAUCGAUAAACAAAAGAUCAAUGAUGAGAAACGUAAAAGAACACAUUUAGUUAUGAUCGAAGAUGAACACGGUAAUAAAGCUAUUGGUCAAGUCAAUGUAGAUGAUCAAAGAAAUGAAAGUUUACCUGAAAUUCUCAUACAAAAGGAUGAAUUUUAA